GGAAGCACUGCAUGGGAGAGGCAAGAGAGCUCCUGUAUGAUUGUUCUGCGAAAUAUUCGUGCCGAAAUUGAAAGGAAAAGAAAAUAAUUUCUUAAACUCUCGACUAUAGAUGUGCCAAAUUCGAAUAGCUUUUCUGGCAUGGUUUCAGAUGAUGUGUAGUUGAAGUGUGAUGUCUGGGGGGAACGGCUGGAGGUGAGAUGGCCUGUAGGAGCUUUGUGUGUUGGUGGAAUUACGAGGGAUGGAGAGGAUUUAAAAUUGAGUGCAGUACGAUCCUUUGGCUUUCGACCGUUGAGUAUAUUUUGAAGCGAUGCUUGAAGACUAUUGUGGUUCUGGAGAGGGGAACAAUUUGGUUACGUGAUUUUGAUUUGCACAGGUUUAUUGUUUGAUGUUGUAAGAGGAGAGGAGGAGGGUGAGGGUGGGAGCAAUGUCGACUACAGUUGCGCUUGGUAUAGGCAGUAUCACUACCUUCGUGCGCGUGUUUCCACAUAAUUUCUUCAGUUUCGGCCAAAUGAAACAUGGUUGCAGAGUUUCUUUAGAGGAUGCUGCGACCGUCAGCAGGUGUGGAAGCUUCAGAUUUCUCUUUACGCCUCUCUCUACAACAUGUGGAAUCCGGUCUCGUAACAGCAGUUCGAAAAGAGAUCAGGUUAAACGAAUGAGGGGCCGCCAAAGCCGUUCAGAAGUGAACAAUCGUAUGGGAAGACAUGGAAGAGAUGGUCCAACUACAGUGCAGGAUAUUCAAAAAUUAGCUACAGCAGCUGAAGAGAGUCUACCACUAGGCGAUGGAGGUGGACUUUGCUUUCUAGAAAGUAGCGCUCCAAAUGGUGCCUCGAAUGUUGAGGACGAAGAAAAAGGAGGAAACGGGGCUUUCAGUGGAAUUCCAGCUGAGGCUGAUUCUCUAAAAUCUUUGCUGGCUCAAGCCAUCAUCGAGAAAAAUGCUAUUUCAAAAGAGCGUAGUGAGAAUAUUCGUCUCCAUGAGCGAGUAGAGCCUUUGAAAGAGCGACUACGGGAAUCAGACACUAAAAUUCUAGCACAAUUACGAACUUACAGAGAGGAUGUGGAAGCUUCUCAAGCCUCUAUACAUGAAUUGACGUCUGAAAACGAGUCCAGUGUAGCUCAAAUUCCAGUACAGGAAAUGCCAUGGGACUCUUGGAGAGGGCUUCUUUUACGCAUCGAUGCAUUGAGCGACUUUCUUUCUCAGAAAGUUACAAAGGAGCUACAAUCAGUGGCUUGGCGGAGAGAGAAACGUUUGCGUGAUAUUUAUGUUAGCUUCGCAGAUGAAGCAGACGAGGAGUUGGUGAGCGAAUUUAUGAAUCUUCUGCAGCCCAAGAAAAGGCCGGGAUUACAUGUGAUACACAUUGCUGCUGAAAUUGCGCCUGUUGCUAAGGUUGGAGGUUUGGGAGAUGUAUUAACAGGAUUAUGUCGAUCUUUGCAAAAAAAAGGACAUCUUGUGGAAGCCAUACUUCCGAAAUAUGAUUGCAUGGACUACUCCCGUAUCAUCAAUCUUAGGGAGUUGGACCUGGAACUCCCUUCGUUUUUUGAUGGCCACAUGCACAAGAACAAGGUGUGGUCUGGCAUCGUAGAAGGUAUUCCUGUAUAUUUCAUCGAGCCACUGCAUCCAGCGAAGUUUUUCAGGAGAGGGGAAUAUUAUGCUGAACCUGAUGAUUUCAGGCGGUUCACGUACUUCAGCCGAGCUGCAAUGGAGUUUAUUUUGCAAUCUGGAAAGCGACCAGAUAUAAUCCACAGCCAUGACUGGCAAACCUCUGUGGUGGCACCCUUGUAUUGGAAUGUCUAUGUACCACUAGGGUUGGACUCUGCUAGGCUGGCCUUCACUUGCCACAACUUUCUAUAUCAAGGAAUAGAGAACUCAGAAGCCAUUGCUGCGUGUGGUCUCACUGUUCAAGAUCUGAUGAGCCCGGACCAAAUGCAAGAUAACUUUUUUCAUAACAAAAUCAAUCUCCUUAAGGGAGCGAUUGUCUUCUCGAACGUUGUGACUACUGUUUCCCCUACUUAUGCUCAGGAGGUGCUAAGUCCAGAGGGUGGAAAAGGCUUGCACGGAACAUUGGGUGCCCAUUCGAAGAAGUUUUUUGGAAUUCUGAACGGCAUCGAUGUGGAAGUAUGGAACCCAGCCACAGACACUCUAAUUGACUACCAGUUUACUGCAGAUAAUAUUGAUGGAAAGUUCGUUAACAAGCAAAAGCUGCGGGAGCGUUUGGGUUUAGGAAAUCAAGGAGGUGAUGAAAGAAGGCCAUUGGUGGGAUGCGUGACGAGACUAGCCCCGCAGAAAGGUGUGCAUCUCAUAAAACACGCCAUCCAUCGCACUUUGGAGAAAGGUGGUCAAUUUAUCCUCUUAGGAUCAAGUAAUCUUCCUGAGGUUCAGCAUGAAUUUGAGGUUAUUGCUCGUCAAUUCGAAAACCAUCCCCAGAUUCGUCUAGUUCUAAAGUACGACGAAACACUAUCACAUGCCAUCUACUCGGCAGCGGAUGUCUUUGUGAUUCCAUCUAUAUUCGAACCCUGCGGUCUCACACAGAUGAUAUCUAUGCGCUACGGAACAAUACCAGUAGUAAGAAGGACUGGUGGCCUUGCGGAUAGUGUAUUCGACGUAGACGAUGAAAGAAUUCCCCAGGAGAAGAAGAAUGGGUUUGUAUUUGACGAUGCAAAUGAAGGGAGUUUCAACUCGGGACUGGAUCGAGCUCUGAAUUAUUACAUUCAAAGACCCGAAUGGUGGCAAGACUUGGUUAGAAAGGCCAUGCUGGUAGACUUCAGUUGGGAUUCUUCUGCUGAUCGAUAUGUAGAUUUAUAUAGACUUGUACUUAAAUGACGUAAAUUUUGAGCCACUCAAAUGAGUGAGAAGGAACGAUGACAAUAUCGCUUCAAAAAACCAAUUAAAUUGAUACAUGCA